ACAUUGCAAUCAGCUGCACAGUGACAAAUCAUAAAUUGACAAGUGACAAGGAUUCCGGACCGCUAAUAUUUUUUUAAAAUUAAGUCCAAUUUUGUAUAAUUAUUGCGUGUUUAAAUUGUAAAUUAAAUAAUAUUGAAAAUAUGGAAGACAUUCCACGUCUAGCAGUGGUGGAACAGCACACAGGAGACUCGGAAAAGUUUACCAAACUCUUGAUCGAGCUACUGCGAGUUAUCACAAACAUUUUAGAAAGCCCCCACGAUUACGAUUUACGGACUAUUCAAAGUGAUUUAUUAAAAAAACAUUUAGGAACUGAACCUUUUAGUGAAUAUCUAAAAUAUGUUGGAUUCCAAUUGACAAACGGUGAAAUAAUCUACCCCAAAGAACAGACUCUAAAUAAGUUGAGGAUAGCACAGGCAGCGAUUGAGCGGAAAAUCAGUAUUUGCUGUGGCCCGGUCAAGCCCAGCAGGAGAAACGUUACAUACGCGCAGUGUAUGGUACAAGCCAAGAGGCCGAAACUGGUCCCACUUAAUGCUCUGAACACAAAAAAUGCACUGUUAUUGAAAAUUCAAUCACUAUUCAACAACAUGAUCAAGUAUGAAGAUGAGGAGUUGCAGCAACUAGCCAGGGAAGAGAUUCCACUGGUCACGUUGCAACUCAUGGCUCUGGACAGGAUCAGGGAACAUCAGAGGAAAAUAAAAACUGGUGAAAUAAAGACCCACGAUCUCCCGUUUGACAUCGCGCUGCUGAUGGAGCUACUGGGGUGGUUCAAGCACAAGUACUUCAAGUGGGUGGACAAGCCGGAGUGCAACAAGUGCGGAGGGGCCACCAAGUACUCGGGGUCUUCUAGUAUGAAUACCCCGACGGAGACCUGUACUGUAGAGCUAUACACUUGCAUCCAAUGCGGCCGCUCCUCGGAGUUCCCGCGCUUCAACGACCCCAAGAUGCUAUUGCGCACGCGCCGCGGCCGCUGCGGCGAGUGGGCCAACUGCUUCACGCUGUUGUGUCGCGCGCUGGGAUACGACACGCGCUUCGUGUACGAUACAACGGACCACGUGUGGUGCGAGGUGUUCGACUACGACUCGCGCACGUGGCUUCACGUAGACCCGUGCGAGGCGAAGCUGAACGCGCCGCUGAUCUACAGCCACGGCUGGGGCAAGAAGCUGUCCUACGUCAUCGCCGUGUCACGCGACGACGUGCAGGACGUCACGUGGCGGUACACCACCAACUUUAAAGAGGUCCUAACCAGACGCACGCUGGUCUCAGAGCAUGAACUCCUGGCAGCCAUCAUGAUCCUGCGCGAGCGGCGUCAGCGGCAGGUGUCGGCGCCGCGCCGCGCGCACCUCACCCGCCGCACGCUCGGGGAGCUCGCGCAGCUCAUGUGCGAGAGAAAGCCAAGCGACUACGAGUGUCACGGGCGUAUAUCGGGCUCGAAGGAGUGGCGCACGGACCGCGGCGAGCUGGGCUGCGCCGCCGGGAAGGAGUUCAUCUUCCGCGAUCCUGGCUCCGUCGCCGUGCGUUACUACCCAGCCGCGGACGAGUACCGCGUGACAGGCCAGGCCACAGUAUCGCCGUGGAGCGCCGGCGCCUUCGCCGCGAGAAACGUCUUCCGCAAAGUCGAGUACGACUGGCAGCAGGUCUACAUCGCUAGGGAAGAGGGCGCGGAAAAAGGCUUCAUGUCGUGGAAGCUGCGCGCCAUAGACGGCGCAUGCUUCGACUCGCUGUGCGCGCGCGCCUCCUACGCCACCUUCCACUCGGGACAGGUGGAGUGGCCGUGCUGUUCUUUGAUAUGGACUAACAUGGAGUGUCUUUGA